CCCUCCCGUGCACACCCAUCCACUCGCCGCCCAAGCCCUUAGCUUCCUGCCCAACGCUGCUGCGCUUCACGCUCCAUCGCCCCUCAUCCAAUAACUCCAACAAAGACCGGGUUGCUUCGAUCUGCACACAACAGAAGAAGCACGCCCAUCCGCGGCUCUUGCUUCUUUUGGCACCAUGAUGUCGUCGGCGCCGGAGGAGACGCUGUUCAACCUGGACCAGCAGCAGCCUCCGCCGGCGGAGCAGGAGCAGAUCUGCUACGUGCACUGCAGCUACUGCGACACCAUCCUCGCGGUGGGCGUGCCGUGCAGCAGCUUGUUCCAGACAGUCACCGUGCGGUGCGGCCACUGCUCCAACCUGCUCUACGUCAACCUCCGCGCCCUCCUGCUGCCGGCGGCGGCGGCCAAUAACCAGCUACCACCCUUCGGCCAGCCUCUCCUCUCCCCCACCUCCCCGCACGGUCUACUUGACGCUGAGGCGAUGUCGUUCCAGGCGCCGAGCCUGCCGGGUGCUGAACCGCCGAGCGCUUGCGUGAGCGGCGUCACGAGCAUCAACAACACGUGCGGUGGCAACACCACCACGUCGUCGGCCAUGUCGUCCAUGGCGCCGCCACCGGCCAAACAUGCACUGCAGGAGGCGCAGCAGCUGCCCAGGACCGCAGCGUCGGUGAACAGAACUUCAGAGAAGCGGCAGAGAGUUCCUUCCGCGUACAACCGUUUCAUCAAAGAUGAAAUCCAGCGCAUCAAGGCCAGCAAUCCGGACAUCACUCACAGGGAAGCUUUCAGCGCGGCUGCCAAGAAUUGGGCCCAUUUCCCCCACAUCCAUUUCGGCCUCAUGCCCGAUCAGGGCUUGAAGAAGAACCCUAUGCAAAAUCAGGAGGGAGCUGAGUGCAUGCUUUUCAUGGACGGUCUCUACGCCAGCAUGGGCUUUUCUCCAUUCUGACUUCACGUCUUCACCCCCACUAGGGUUCUGUCUUCUGAAGCCCCUCUGUGUAUCCCGGUUGCCGGAGGAAUCUCGAAAUGUCUACCGCAAAUCUCUCUCUCUCUCUCUCUCUCUCUCUCUCUCUCUCUCUCUCUCUCUCUCUGUGUGUGUGUGUGUGUGUGUCCUCUCGUUCUCCUUACUUAGGUUCCAGUUUCUUAUUUCGUUAAUUUAUUAUUGUUAUGUAACCUAGAGAGCAAGGUUGUUAUGUGUAUGAUGCUGCUGCCCCUUGUCUUAUAUGGACAUAAUUUCGAGCUGGAUGUUGGCUGGGCAUCGAUCUAGUCAU